AACAUCAACAACCACCGUAUUGUAUUUGUUGCUUGGUCAUUGUUUCUGACUGUUUCUGCAAUCGCCGUACUCAGCAUCUUUAAUACGUUAAGAAGUUAUUUAAUACGUAUAGCACCCUUGGCCUGCUCUAUCAUCAUUUGAGCAGUGCAGAUAUCUCAUCAAAGUAUAUCUUGAACAGAACUUAAAAUCUAAAGUUUAAUCAAGAUAUUAGCGGAAAACAAACACAUGUGAUGGCAGAAAAAGAAAUUUCUGACGAAAAAAAAAUUGAAGAUAAUGUGAGUCUUCUACAAAAGAAGCUGAAUAAGUUUUCAUUUUUAUCAUCGCAUUCUAAUAGCUAUUGUGAAACAACCUUGGAGAUGAUUACAUUUGACUACACAUGGAGAAUUUAUCAUUUUAAAGAUAUUUCUGAAACCCUGACAACAUUAAUGUCUUCAUCGUUCCCUGAAAAUAAUCAAUAUAUGAUUAAAAUGGAGCGAAUUUUUCUCCCAGAGGGACAAUUCUUUAGAAACAAGUAUAACAUAAAAUUAUAUUUAUGUACUACUGCACCAUUUUUCGGUUCAUGUAAGACUACUAUAAUAUGCAAUACAUCAUCAGUAAAAUUGAUUCAGGGUCAUAUAUUACAUAUGACAAUGUUGUAUGAAGGUAACUUUUAUUACUUCGACGAUCCAUUAACAAUAUACUGCGAAUUUAAAAUUUUCUGUGAUCUGGAAAAUACCAGUAUAAAUGUAUGUGACUUACCAUCUUCAACAGUAUCGAAAGACUUAAAAUCUUUUGAAGACUCCACCCUUGACAAGUCUAAAAAUGAAGAAUCUAUCACAUUUAUUGUAUCAAAUACAAAACGCUAUGAUAUAUCAAAAAAAAUAUUGUGGGCUAGCAACAGUAAUUACUUUAAAAAUAUCUGUCUUACAUGUGAGGCAAAAGAAAAAGAUUUAACAGAAUUAGAAAAGUAUGAAUUGGAAGCUUUUGAACAGAUAUUAUUAUUUAUUGUAACUGGUUCAGAAACUGUAGAAACAUAUGAUUAUAACAUGCUUACAAAUGUAUUAUUAGCAGCUGAUAAAUAUGAUGUACAAACUUUAAAACCAACAUGCGAAUAUUAUUUACUACAGCAUAUUACGAUUGAAAAUGCCUUAAAACUUAUAAAUCUUGCGAUUUCGUCUAAUGCAAAAUUGUUAGAAAUGCAUUUGGCCAUUUUUAUUAAGAUUCAUGUAAAAGAAAUUUUUAAUUCUGAAAAAUUACAUAGUGAUUUAAAACAUCUAAACGAUGUAAAUUUAAAUAAGAUAGUGGAAUUAAUAGAUAAAUAUGAUACAUAUAAAAUGCAAGAAACCAUUACUCCAAUUCAACAUCGUAAUGAAUAAGAAAUUUAUAUUGGUUAAUAUUUGAUUCAUAUAAUACUGUAGUCUUAGAUGUAAAUUAACAUGAUAAAAGUAUUUUUCUCAUUUAAUUAACAAACAUGUUUUCUUUUACAAAUAUAUUAUGAUUUUUAAUUGUUAUGCAAUAAUUUGUAUGCUAAUAAGUAUUGAGUAUUAAUACAUAUUAAAAGUAAUUUGUUAUUUGAACCUAUAUAUACGAAUAAAACUUAUUAUUUAUGAUUGA